ACGCCGAACCAACGUGAUGGCGUCAGGCGCCGCGAGCGCCGUUUCCUGUUGUCGCUGGCCCGGAGGCCGCAGCGCCUGGUCCGAGGCUUAGGGGCUGCCUUGGCCAGCAGUGCCCCGCGCCCCCUCCCCGCUCCCUCUGCUGAAAACCCUGACUCAUCACCUGGUACAGCAGCUGGAGGGCUUAAACACCGGCCUGUUGUCGUGCAUAGCCAGGUGCAGGAUCGGAGUCAGGCCGUAGAGACGAGGCUGUCGCGGAUGGCGGGGAAGUCUCUCAGCAGAAGAGCUUGCUGUUUACUGAUGAACGGAGUGUUUCGAAAGUGGUGAAGCCAGGUUAUCCAUUUCUUCUUUUAAUGUGUCAUGUGAUUCUCCGAGGGAGCUGCAGUGUGAGCGGAAAUGCUCUCGGUGGUGGAGAAUGGACUGGACCCCCGGGCUGCCAUCCCGGUCAUCAAGAAGAAGCUAGUGGGAUCUGUGAAGGCGUUGCAGAAGCAGUACGUGUCCUCGGACACAGUGGUCACUAGCGAAGACGGAGAUGCCAACACCAUGUGCAGUGCCCUGGAGGCCGUAUUUAUCCACGGCCUGCAUGCCAAGCACAUCCGAGCCGAGGCCGGAGGGAAAAGGAAGAAGAGCGCCCACCAGAAGCCUCUGCCUCAGCCUGUCUUCUGGCCCCUCCUGAAAGCUGUCACCCACAAACACAUCGUCUCGGAAUUGGAGCACCUGAUCUUUGUCAGCACGGACGUGGGCCGCUGCCGGGCCUGGCUGAGGCUGGCCCUCAAUGACGGCCUGAUGGAGUGCUACCUGAAGCUGCUCCUCCAGGAGCCCGCCCGCCUGUGCGAGUACUAUCAGCCCACAGCCCUGCUUCGAGACGCCGAGGAGGGCGAGUUCCUCCUCAGCUUCCUGCAGGGACUGACGUCCUUAUCCUUCGAGCUCUCCUACAAGUCCGCCAUCUUAAACGAGUGGACGCUUACCCCACUGGCUCUCUCUGGGCUUUGCCCGCUCUCUGAGCUCGACCCCCUCACCACCUCUGGGACAGAACUACAGCGGAAAGAGUCUCUGGAUUCAAUUUCCCAUUCCUCAGGCUCGGAGGACAUCGAAGUCCAGCACUCAGGCCAUAAGAUCCGACGGAACCGGAAGCUCACGGCCUCCUCCCUCAGCCUGGACACCGCCAGUUCAUCCCAGCUGUCUUGCAGCCUAAACUCUGAUAGCUGCCUACUCCAAGAGAAUGGCUCCAAGAGUCCAGACCGUUCCGAGGAGCCCAUGUCCUACGACUCCGACCUGGGGACAGCAAAUGCCGAUGAUUCAGACCCGUCUCUGCAAGAGGUAUUGUCGGAAUUCAGCAAAGCCCAGGUAAACUCUGUGCCAACCAACGGACUGAGCGGACUGAGUGGAGAAGUGGAGAUUCCCACGGGGCGGGCCUCACUCCCCCUCCCCGGCCUGGAGGCCAGCAUCCCUUUUGAUGUGCCCGCAGAGCCCCUCCCGCCCCAAGCAUCCUCUGGGACUCAAGAUGGGGACCGCAAGCAGGAGCCGCCUCCCCAGGCACCUGGCACCCUGGGCUUGCUGCAGUUGGGCACUGCCAAAGCUGUCCCCUCGGUGAGCAUUUUAGACCAGAGGCCUUCCAGUCCCGUGAGAGAGGCGGCGGCCAGAGCAGUCAGUCCGGGGAGCGGCCAGCAGAAGUCUCUGGAGGAUGACGGAGCUGCACGGAGCCUUGGGGUGUCCUCACCCACCAGCCCGGCAAAGAAUUCGAAUAGACAUUUCUCCAAAGAAGAUCUACUGGUGUCCACUGAGCACGUGAAAAGAUGCUCGGUGUCAUUGUCCUUAGACACUGGGGAAAUUGCAAACCCAAACCACAAGACGGUACUUCACACACGUGAGGAUGGCUAUAAUCAAACAGAUAAUAAAAACGUUGGAAAGGAUGUGGAGAAAUUGGAAUCCCCAUAUGUGGUGGGAAUGUAAAAUGGUGUAGUCACUUAGGGAAAGAGUUUGGAAAUUCCCCAGAAAGUUAGACCUAGUUACCGAAUGGCCCAUCAGUUGCACUCAUAGACAUGUACCCAACGGAACGGAAAACAUACGUCCACACAGAAAUGGUUACGUGGAGACAGAGACAAACCAAACAGGGCCUUUUGGUGAGGCAGGCCUUCUCCUGAGGACGCCCAGGGACUAGAGAAGAGGGGAGGGCCAUGGUCUAGUUGGUCAGCUCCGUGAAGCCGAGGCCCGGAACCGAGACCUGGAGGCGCGCGUCCGGCAGCUGCAGGAGCGGAUGGAGCUGCUGCAGGCCGGGGGAGACGCAGCUGUCACGGGGGUCCCCAGUCCCCGGGCCACAGAUGCACCUUCCCAUAUGGCCCCCCGGCCGUGGCUCUGGGCGAAGGCCCGCUGGUGGGGCCAGGCCCCAUGCACCGCCGCCACCUGCUGCUCCCUGCCAGCCUGACCUAUCGGAGGCGCGUUCCCUGCCCCUGUUCGCCGUUGCUCUGGCUGCUGCCGCUGCCUUGGGCUGCACUGGGUUGGUGGCCUGCGCCUACCAUCUCGCCCCGGUCUGGCGCCACCCGGGAGCCGCCUUCGUCCCCUGAACCCUAGGACCCCAAGCUGGAGGGUUGGGUGACCUGGGCACGGCGCAGAAGCCAUUCCUACCGCCUCCCCGUUCACACCGCCUCCCAGCGUGGGUCUCCGCCCCAGCUCCAGCCCUGUGAUCCGGGCCCGCCCCCUGGCGGCCGGGGAGGGAGGAGCAGGGGGCUCCAGGGAGGCUUGUAACCAGGAAUGCUGCAGUUGCUGCUGGGGAGAAUCGCAGACCAACCACCUCCUAACUCCGGCCUGGCUGAGGCCCCGCCGUGGAUGGGCAAACUGCGAUCUAGAGGAGACAGCAGGGCCAGGGCUCGGCCAUCAGUUUUUCACCCUCCACGCGCCCCCCGCCUGUCGGCUCGCAGACCACAAAUCCCUGUGCAUGAGGCCCUACUAUCCCGGGAAUGUUCUCUUCCCGGCGAACGUCUAGUGCGAGCCCCGCCCGCCUUCUCGAGAACCUUUUGCUUUCGCCAGCCCCGGGGACGGGGACGCUCAACCGACUGAGCCACCCAGGAGCCCCAAGAAGUCAUAUUCUUAAAUUAAAAUGCGUCCGACUUCGGCUCAGGUCAUGAUCUCGCGGUCCGUGAGUUCGAGCCCCGC